AACAUUUAAAUUGUGCAUUUCUUUUUUAAGUCAGUAUUUACCAAACGAGAUAUUCACAAAAAAUGUUUUAUACUAUUUUAAGAUAUAGUACGCUAAACAUCUGAAGCCACGCCCUCAUGCCAAUCAAAACACCUGUCACGUGAUCACUGAUUACACACGUGCUACUAACAGUCAGGAACUACUUCAGUAGCUAGUCCUCAAACUAGUAGGUCCCACAUGAUGAUGGAAAGCUCAGACGAAUCGAGCCCGAUUCAAUCCGACUUUCCGUACUCCUUUUCCGAAGACGGUCACCUGCGGCACAGAAUGACCUCUGAACCCUACAAAUUCACGUUCAGACUCGAUGACGUCCGUGCAACCGAUCGGGAACAUCACAGCCUCUGCCACUACAUCACCCAGCACGUCUACCAGCUCCUAGAGAGGAGGUUUCGCCUUCUUAGGGUGCGUCUGGAGGAGGAUGGUUUUGUGUUCACGAGUCCGGGAGCACUGGAUCAUCCCGGGAGUCUGCUGGUUCUGAUCCAGGACCGAGGAACGGUGCGGAGCGGCGUGUGGAGCUGGAAGCUUUCGGCUCACGAGGGACUGGAGCGAGGCAGUCAGAUCCCGUUUCUGCGCUGGGCCGCGCUGGAGUCGUGUGCUGUGAUUAUUAUGAACCCUAACGAGGGAGGGACGACUCUAGAACAUCACGUGCAUUUGGUUUGGGAACGCUUGGUUUCUCGGAGCCCCGCUGAGCAUAUAUUUGUGGCCGCUCAUGGAUACGGAGGCCUGGGUUUUGUUGAUCUUCUAUGCUGUAAUCCGGAUGAGAUCCAGCGGCGAGUGAAGGCCGUGGCUUUCUUGGACUCGUCUCACAGUCUGUGGCAUCAGCCGCUGGGACAAGCCGGACGCGACUGGCUAAAGUCCCACUCCAGAACUUGGAUUCUCAGCAGCAAGCCUCUCAAUCGCGCCGUCGGAUCGCUGAAGGCCGGAUCUCCGCAGAUCUCCGCAGGGACUCGGUGCCACGACUCAGUGCCCGCCGUCUGCAUGGACUCUGUGUUUCGCUUCUUCAGCAAAAGCGUCAAACCGAAAGCCACGCCGACGCCGUUUGAAAUCAUCACCAGGAGCAAAAGCCGCAAAAACGACCAAGACCACAACUCAAUCUGA